AUGAUGCGGCCGUUCACGGUGCUGGGGAUGGUGGCAGCCUACGCACUGUUUGUGACGCGUCUGGGCCCCUGGAUGAUGCGCGACCGGAAGCCUUUUCAGCUGAAGACGACGCUCAUCGUGUUCAACGUCCUGCAGAUCUUCGCCAACGCCUACAUCUUCUAUAUGUUUGGAUCUCAAUUUUGGUUUACGACCUACAGUUGGCGGUGCGAACCCAUUGACACUUCGAAUUCACCCAGUGCCCUAGAGAUGAUCCGGCUGGUGAAUCUUUACUUCUGGUUGAAGAUUGCCGAUUUAUUGGACACCAUAUUUUUCGUUCUUCGCAAGAAAAACAACCAAAUCACUUUCCUGCACUUGUAUCACCAUAGUAAUAUGGUGUUUCUCAGCUGGGGCGGGUUGAAAUAUUUUCCAGGAGGCCACGGAACAUUUUUGGGUUUAAUCAACACAUUUGUACAUACUUGUAUGUACACCUACUACCUCAUCUCGGUUAUAUAUCCUCAUAAUGUCUGGUGGAAGAAGUACGUGACACAGCUGCAACUGGUUCAGCAGAUUGUGGUGGGGCUGCAUCUGGGGCAGCUGUUCGUGUCCAAUCCAUGCAACUUCCCGAUGUUGGGGCCGACUGUUCUGGUGCCGCAGACCAUUUUUCUCGUCCUCCUCUUCUCGCACUUCUAUCAGCGCGCGUACGGCCGGAAGGCGGCGCAGGACACUAAAGCCAAGGCCUCCUAG